GUUAGGCAGCCGGCAUGGCGCUCCGGUCAAUAAAAUCGAUAGCUAGAAGCUGUCUGUGUUUCAGGCAAAGGCGGUGCAGUAGCGGCGCCGCCAUUUUCCCCGAAGGCAUCUUCCGGUGCCUUUCACCCAAGUUCGGGCAGGAGUUUCCUGAAUAACAGCGAAAGGUUUCCGUUAGCCCCGCCGGCGGCCGAUUCCUGUUCCCUCCUGGUCUCCCCAGGCACGCUCCGCCCGGGUCCGGCUUGGGCUCCCAAAUCCCGGGGCCCGCCAGCGCCCAGCGGCCAAGGCCGGGACCGGGAAAGCCGUGGCGCCGGCUUGUCGGGUCCAAUGGCACGGCCUUCGGCUCCGCUCCCCGCGCGGGGACCAGGAGAGGCCGGACCCGGCCGGAGAAGGGGAAGGAGGCCGAGGGCGGUGAAGUUCGGGGACGUGGCCUUGUACUUCUCCCCGGAGGAGUGGGAGUGUCUGCGGCCCGCGCAGAGGGCCCUGUACCGGGACGUGAUGCAGGAGACCUACGGCCACCUGGGCGCGCUCGGGUGCGCAGGUCCCAAACCAGCCCUCAUCUCCUGGUUGGAACGAAAUACCGAUGGUUGGGAACCGGCUGCUCUGGAUCCACAGGAGUGCCCAAGGCGGGUAACAGUCCAAAGAAAAACCAGAACCAGAAAGAAGAAUGAAGAGAAGGAAGUAUUCCCGCCUAAGGAGGCACCCCGCAAGGGGAAGCGAGGCCGCCGGCCCAGCAAACCCCGCCUGAUCCCCAGGCAGACAUCCGGAGGUCCCAUCUGCCCUGACUGUGGUUGUACCUUUCCCGAUCACCCGGCCCUGCAGAGCCACAAGUGUGCCCAGAAUCUGAAGAAGCCUUACCCUUGCCCAGACUGUGGGCGCCGCUUUUCCUACCCGUCCCUGCUGGUCAGUCACCGGCGGGCACACUCUGGGGAGUGUCCCUACGUUUGUGACCAGUGUGGCAAGCGGUUCUCCCAGCGCAAGAACCUCUCCCAGCACCAGGUUAUCCACACAGGCGAGAAGCCCUACCAUUGUCCUGACUGUGGCCGCUGCUUCCGGAGGAGCAGGUCCUUGGCCAAUCACCGGACCACACACACUGGUGAAAAACCCCACCAGUGCCCCAGCUGUGGGCGUCGCUUCGCCUACCCCUCCCUGCUCGCCAUCCACCAGCGCACACACACCGGAGAGAAGCCCUACACCUGCCUGGAAUGCAACCGGCGCUUCCGCCAGCGCACCGCCCUGGUCAUCCACCAGCGCAUCCACACGGGCGAGAAGCCCUACCCGUGCCCGGACUGCGAGCGGCGCUUCUCCUCCUCUUCUCGCCUGGUCAGUCACCGGCGGGUGCACUCCGGAGAGCGUCCCUAUGCCUGCGAGCACUGCGAGGCCCGCUUCUCCCAGCGCAGCACGCUGCUUCAGCACCAGCUCUUGCACACGGGAGAGAAGCCCUACCCCUGCCCGGACUGCGGACGUGCCUUCCGGCGGAGCGGUUCCCUCGCCAUACACCGCAGCACGCACACCGAGGAGAAACUGCACGCGUGUGACGACUGUGGCCGCCGCUUCGCCUACCCCUCACUGCUGGCCAGUCACCGGCGCGUCCACUCGGGCGAGCGGCCCUAUGCCUGCGACCUGUGCUCCAAGCGGUUCGCCCAGUGGAGCCACCUGGCUCAGCACCAGCUCCUGCACACUGGGGAGAAGCCCUUCCCCUGCCUCGAGUGUGGCCGUUGCUUCCGCCAGAGGUGGUCUCUGGCCGUCCACAAGUGUAGCCCCGGGGUCCAGAACUGUAGCCCUAGAUCUGCUAUAGGGGCGCCUAGCCAGAAAGGCAACAGUGCCCUGAACCGGGACGUGACGCGGGAGACCUAUGGCUUCCUGGGCGCGCUCGGUGAGGCCCGGCCAGGACCCAGUAAUCUGUUGGAAGCUGGGACUGAUGCGCCCAGAGGCGAUGGGCUGGAAGGGCGGAUCCCGCUGCCGGGAGGCGCAGAGGGAGACCAUCGAGUUCUAAGUCCCGAGCUCCACAAACGCCGAGAUCGUUGGUGGGUUCCAGAUCCCGCCUACAGAGACUUCCGGGCGGAAACGCCCCGCCAGUCCCGCCUCGCGGCACAGCCGCUUCCUGCUGUCGCGGCCAAUCACCGGCCGCUGUGCAACGCGGCCAGCGGGAGUUCUGGAAGCCGCAGCGGGUGUCUGUGUCCAAGCUGCCAUGAAGUGACUAAAGACCGAGGGUGUUUAUUUGUCCCCAUCAGAACCCCGAAUCCCAAACAGCCAACCCUGCUACUUCGGUUCCCUCGGCUGAGUUCGGAGGCCAAGGCUGGGCGGGGCCCCGGGCUCGGGAGCCUUUCCUGUGGACGACGAGAGCUGAGGCCGGGCGCGGGGAGCAGGCGGCAGCUGCUCGGGGCUGGAGGCCUCAUGGCGCCGCCCCCGGCCUCGCUCCUGGUGCUGAGACCGGGGGAGACCGGGCCUGACUGCAAGAAGCCUGCGGCCGUGAGCUUCGCGGACGUGGCCGUGUACUUCUCCGUGGAGGAAUGGGGGUGUCUGCGGCCCGCGCAGAGGGCCCUGUACCGGGACGUGAUGCGGGAGACCUACGGCCACCUGGGCGCGCUCGGAUUCCCAGGCCCCAAACCAGCCCUCAUCUCUUGGAUGGAACAGGAGAGUGAGGCUUGGAGCCCCGCCGCCCAGGAUCCUGAGGAGGGGGAAAGCCUGGGAGGAGCUCUGAGAGGAGAUGUCCCAAACAAAAAGGAAGAGGAACCUGAGACAGGGUCAGGAGCCAAAGAAUCCAAAAAGACUCCUGGGAAGGAGAGGCCUGAAGAGCUGGUUAAAAACAAUCUUGACUCAACCAUCAGCGAAACCUCGUCAAGAGCACAGCCACCCAGGAAAGCUGCCUGUGACCAGAGCGCAGGUGCGCAGCCCCCGGUCCUGGUGCCCAGCGUAGAUGCUCAGGCCAGCCAGCGGCGCCACGUGUGUGCAGACUGCGGCCGCCGCUUCACCUAUCCCUCGUUGCUGGUCAGCCACCGGCGCAUGCACUCGGGUGAGCGGCCCUUCCCCUGCCCCGAGUGUGGCAUGCGCUUCAAGAGGAAGUUUGCCGUGGAAGCGCACCAGUGGAUCCACCGCUCCUGCUCUGGGGGCCGGCGGGGCCGGAGGCCCGGAAUCCGGGCUGUGCCUCGGGCCCCGGUCCGAGGUGACCGGGACCCGCCGGUGCUGUUCCGGCACUACCCGGACAUCUUUGAAGAGUGCGGGUGAGUGGCUCCCGCUGGCUGGGCUUGAACCUGACCUCAGCGCUAAGGACUAACUGGGCCCUGAGGGAAGCUCCUGACUCAGGGAUUUGGGACCCAAAAUUCAUCCUUUGGUUUUCCCUCAAGGAUCCCUCUAGUUUCCAAACUUGUAAAAACAAAAGUGCCUCUAAAGAUUCAAAGAGAUUAAACUUGACGCCUUCUCUCCCUAGUCUUUCUAAAAAAAUGAAGAGAGUGAGAUGCUGGACUUCUCUCAAAGUGUUAUCUCAGUAGCAGGUGCAACCAAGAUCAUGUGCAAACACUGUCUCCAAAAAAAAUCCCCGCUGCUUAUCUGCAGCAGAGGUAAAUGCUAUGGGGGACUAAGGCCAAGGAGGAGGCCUCAGAUGUAGGGCAUGGUCUAGCUCCGGGUAACUGACACCAACAGGAGGCUCAGGCAGUGAAGUGGGUGGAAAGAAUACAGAAGCACCGGGUGCAGACCUAGUCUCUGCAACUUGCCCCCAGGGCAUAGCUGGUAAGUCACAUGCUUUCCCUGAGCCUCAGCUCCUUCAUCUGUAAAAUGAGGAUCAAUAAUAUCUACCUCAAAGGGUUACUGUGAAGACUGAAAUUGUAACAAGAUAAUAUGUAUAACACAGUAAAUGUGCAAUAAACAUUUGUUGAAACACAA